AUGAAUAGUACUGAACGUUGGACAAUUUGUCGUCAAAAUAUGGGGAACAUACUGGAAUCAUUAAAAAAACACGUAUUUCGUCGCCGUGAAAGAAAACACACUUAUUCUCGUUUUCAAAGGUAUCAUGAGGAGCGUCUUCCUAUCAAAAAAUUAACAUCAGUUAAUCAUAACACACAAGAGCUUGAUCCAUUAGUAGUGUCUACCACAACAAUACAAGCAACGGAUUUACCAAAUGGUUAUACCGAUUUUUAUUUAGCAUGUCGUGAUAAUGACUAUAAGAAAGUUCGAGAGUUACUUCGAACAAUGACACUUGACGAGGUAGAUCGUUUGGACUCAAACGGUAGUACAGCACUGCAUGCUGCAUGUUAUUAUGGUAAUGCUAAAAUUGUUAAACUGUUAUUGAAAAAAGGAGCUGACAGAGCAAUACAGAAUAAAUAUGAAUGUUUACCAUAUGAUGAAGCAGCAAAUGAUGAGAUCAAAGAACUCUUUCUUCGCGUACCAAAUAGUAAUCGACUUGUAUCGGACACUGGUGCUAUUGAAUGGAUAUUGAUUGAUGAUGAUGUUAUGGAAACAGCGAAAGAAGAGCGAUACAUCAUUAAAUCACUGUAUGACAAUAGCACAGGUACUACUCCUAUAGAUAAAAUGUUCGAAAAAAUUGAAAAAAAUUAUAUCAAUAAAGGAUUAACUAAUGUUGGCGGUAUGAAACAGAUCAGACGUUAUUUUCGAAAAGCUACUGAACAGCAAAAUACAUUAUGGAUAAUCAAAGCUUAUACAGCUGAAACAGAUUUCUAUAGAAUUUUGAAUAAUGAAAUAGCAGCUGGUGCUAGUCAGUAUCAAAAUGAACGAAGAUAUAUUAUAGCAUUAAUUUCACAUGAUAUACGUUUGAACGAACUCACUUUUAUCGGUACUGCUUAUCGAGUCGUGCGAAUAAAUAAUGAUGAGUUAAAAAAAUAUGAAGUUGAUUGUUCGUUAAUGACAAAAUCAUUUGUGUCAUCAUCCAUCGAUCGAAAAGUUGCCGAAUUAUUUUUAUGUCAAAGAGAAGCAACACAAUCAGAAACUCAAGUGAUGACACGCAAGAAAAUUGAUGGAACAUUGAUAAAAACAUGGAUUAUGUGUAGAUAUGAAAUCAAACAUAGACGCACUGGUCUACAUAUUGAAAAUCCAUCACAAUAUGCGAACGAAGGUGAAGUCUUGAUUAUGCCAUAUUCUGUGUUCCAAGUGAAAGAAAUAAGAAAAGUUCAACUACCAUUUUUUGAAGAUGAUCAAUUUAUGACUGAAAUCGAUCUAGAAGAAUGUGAUCAAUAUUUAUAA